CACGUGACAUGCUAGCGCUGGUGAGCAGGCGAUCGAUCCCAAGCCCGUCGGCGUUGAUGAACGUCUUCUCUUCCUCAUUUCCACUUUUCCCAUUUCAUCCUUAUCGCAUCCCGAUCGUCGCGAACCAAUCACGUGAUUAUCGCAAAAAUCAUCACGACCAUCAACAAGACGAGCGCGACCGUGACUGGGAGCUCAAUAACGCGCCAUAACCGAUGAUAGGCGCCAAAGCCACACAUUUGCGACUUGGGGUGUUCAGGCCACUCUGCCUAUCGUGGCGCCAAUCCAUCUCCUACCGAAGCAUCUCGAUCGCUGGCGAGGCGGACCCAUUCAGAGCAAGGGCAUGAAUCAACUGUCGACAUAUACCCACCUCGAGUCGCUGGUACUGUGGGAGUCGGUCCUCCAAGAGGGCGUCGAGCCAGCAGCAUGGCCGCGCAUCUCGGACCGACUUCUGAAAAAUGAGUUUAUCAAAACGGGGGAGAGCUUUGACGUGAAGCGGCUGCAUUCGGACGCGCUCGAGAAAUGGUUCUUUACAACGCUGCAUCAGGAACUGUUGAUUGAGGACCAUGGCAUCCUGAAUGGGGAUGGCGCAACGUCACCGGGUGGCACCAGGAAGAGGAAACUGGAUGGGAGCUCGCCACCGGCUACGCUGAAGGAUCUAGCGGAAAACCUCGAGAAAGUCCCCAGAAUCAUCGAUCGGCUAUGGGAGCGAUACAAGACGCAAAAGGUCAAGGAGAUUCGGCAAAAGGAGGACGACUACGACCAAACGCAGAGGGAGAUUUACGUGUUGGAGAAGAACCAAGCGGAGCGGUCUAAGAGGCUGGCGAGGGAGAAUGGACAGGCGCAAGCGGCAUUGUCGCCCAAGGAGAUCAAGCCAGCGACGCCCAAGCUCCCACACAAUACGCCUGUGCCUCCGCCGACAGCCACGCCAGCCCAUCCGCCACCGGUUCCAUCCGCGCAGACUGCGCCAGCUCGAGGUCAAGCGGUUAGCAGUCCGGCUGUCCAGCCAAAGCCUCCCACGCCGAACCCCCCAAUCGCUCUCCCUGCGCAACACCCUGCGCAACCUUCUCCAGCCAUCCCUUCUGGCCCCGUCCGUACGCCCUCUUCGUUGCAAGGGCAGCCAGCAGGCACUGCCAGCCCGGUUCUUCAAGCGCCUAACAGCGCCCACCAACAGCCGCAACGAGUGCUACAAGCGCCCCAGCAGCAGCAUCCGGCCAAAAUUCCGAUAUCACCGCGACCUAACGCCACCACACCGGUGCCAGCUUCUGCGGAGGGUAGCAUAGCGCCUCAACCCGCAGGUGUAGCAAAUGUCCCCGGUCAGGGUGGCCUCAAGUGGGAGAAGCCGUAUCAGCCGCCUGGCGCGGUGCCGCAUCCACAGCAUCCACCGCGUCCAGUACCAUCACCGGCUGCGCCCAGAGCUGCCACGCCUCAACAGUACGCGCAGCAUCAACAGCAGUGGCAGCAGCAGCAGCAAGGCCAGUAUCAACAAAAGAGCCAGGCCUUUGCCCCUGGGUCUCAGCAACCACAAUCACAGCCGCCUCUCGCGCAACAGAAUCAACCUCAGUCCCAACCUCCACCUCAUCAACCAUCUCAGCCGAGUUCAGUGUUGGUAGCUCCUCAGAAUGCAGGUCAAGUAGUGCCUCAGAUCCCAGCAGCGACAGCUCGAGCCGCCGACGCUGGAUCGGCAGCGUCACCUCAGCCCCGGCCGCGGACCAAAACUCCCGUGCCUCCUCCUCAUCGACCCAUACAACCGCAACAACCACAGUUGGCACCGCAACCUCGACCUAUUGCGGCGGCAUCCCCCUUACCGCAGUCUCAUAAUGGAUUGGCUGCACCUCCCCAACGAUGGCCACCAGGUCAACUACCUCCUGGGCAACGUAUUUCGCCCCCCACAGGCGCCGGUACACCAACUCCCCAACAGGCACCAAAGGAUCAAAAGCCUAUGGCGCCCGCGCACGGCCCCCAGCAACCCCGACCAGCUAUCCCGGACCAUGUGCUACGUCAAGCUGCGACACCUGUCCCUAGGCGGGUCAGUGCCGCAGCAGCAUCAUUACCCACUACGCCCCUGCAGCUUGGGCUCCCGGCCACCAAAGGCGGUUUAAUUACGAGCUGGACAAGAUCACCCACGCCUUCCACGCCGAAGCCUACUGAUUUACAGGGUGAAGUAGAGAGCCCCGCAUGGGAGCCGCUGAGCCCACCGAAACCGCAGUCUACCACACUGCCAGUGCCGCGUAAGGCGCCAGGCUGGACAACCCAGUCUCAUCUAGGCGCGCCACCGCCCCUGCAAACACCAACAGCGCCUUCAAACAAGCUACCUUUGCCUGCCCAAUCGGGGCGGAGAACUAAGAGAACAAGCACUAGAAAGCUACGCGAAGCGACGGGCACGCCGUUGGGCGAGGGACGCAGGCGCAGCGACUCUGUUGUGUCGGGGACCGACGAGCUUGCGUUGGAUCAUCCUGACACCAUGCCAAAGGUCAAGGACGAAACAUCAGGCCAUGAAGAGGGAGGUGAUACCACGGCUGACGAGAGCGUGGCUCAUCGAAACUUUGCAACUCCCGGUAGUGUGUCGCGGAUCUUGAAGCGCAAGAGGCAAGAGACGCCACUGGAGCCGCCUGGCCCACCCACGCAGGUGCUCUGGACUCGAGGAUUCCACAAGGUUAGCUACCAAGCGCUGGACCAGAUUGCCUCCCACCGUGACGGCAACAUGUUUCUCAAACCUGUGCGCGAACGGGACGCGCCUAACUAUCGUCAGAUCGUUCUGCAGCCUCAGGACAUGACAGCCAUCCGCGCAGCCGUGAAGGGGGGCAACCAAGCGGCCACCCAGGCGGCUGCCAAUCUGCCCAACGGUGACCCGGGCACUCCUGGUGUUUGGCUCCCCAUCUCGGAUGACUUGCGCCCGCCCAAGGGCAUCAUCAACAGUGCCCAGCUUGAGCGAGAGCUAUGCCACAUGUUCUGCAAUGCCAUCAUGUACAACCCCGAUCCCAACCGUGGGCCGGGGCAGGCCUUCAUGCGACGCACGCAGGAGGAGGACGACGACGUUCUGGGCUAUCAUCUCGACGAGAAUGCCGUCGUGAGCAAUACGCAGGCCAUGUUCAUCGAGGUGGAGAAGCAAAUGGGCGAUCUGCGCGCCGCAGAGAAGGACAGGUCCGGCCCGGCGCCCUCGUCGACACCUCGACCGGGCAGCGUCGCGACGCCGGCGGACGACACGGCGGAGGAGGAGGACGAGCUCGCCGCCGACGGAGACAUGACUUCUGGCACCACCAAGAGACGACGCGUGAAGCCAUAGAUCGGCACGCGUCGUGCCAUGGCAGGGCUAGGACGUAGGACGUAGUUAGUUGGCUGUCUUAUUAUUAUUAUUAGCGAUAUGAUACACCCUGACGGUUACGCAGCGGUCAGAAUAAUCCAUUAAUGCAACAUCGUGGUCACGAGUGAUGUAUCCUUCUAAUGCGAGGGGUCCAUACACUUAAUCCAUACGAAAAGAAGGAAACCUUGUUCCAGCGUCCAAGCAACCAGAAUCUCAAUGAGUGGAAGCAUUUACCAGCUGGGUGCUCAAAAAGGGGCAACAAUAACAUUGAGGACGUGAUGCUUGGGGGGAGUUCUGAAUGCCAAUGUUGGGGUCGUUCAGACAUAACAUGUCAAAAAUAAGCACUCAUGCAUCAGCACUUUCGAUAAUAGCCACAUUCAAUUAUUC